AUGCGGGGGGCGCGGGGGGAGCGGCGGCGGCCGGAGCGCGCUCGGGACGCGCGGCGCUGGCAGCGGCGGGGCCGCACCACGGGAGGGGGCGGGGCCGGGCGGGCAAGGGCGAGCGGGGACGCUGGGGGGGGAGGGGGGCGGGAGGGAGGAGAGGCGCGCGCCAAGGCCCCGCGCGCGUGCGCGCGCAGCGUGCGGCGGUUGGUGCGUCACGCGCGCGCUGCCCCGUCCGGCCCGGCCCCGUCACCGUGGGCACCCCCGGCCCCGGCCCGGUCCUGGUCCCUGUCCCUGUCCCUAUCCCUGUCCGAGUCCCGGCACCGGCACCGGUCCCAGCCCAAUCCUGUCCCUGUCCCCAUCCUCGUGCGCAUCCCUGUUCCUGUCCCCAUUCCCGGCCCUAUCCCCGUCCCUAUCCCCACCCCAGUGCCGUCCUCAGCCCCAGCCCAUUCCCGGCCCUAUCCCCGUCCCUGUCUGUCUCCAUCCCAGGGGCUCCUCCCCGGGCUCUGGGCUCUGGCGCUGCCCCUCCCGUGCCCCGAGCCCCUCAGGCUCGCUGCCCGUGCCGGGAAGGGCCGCUCGGCCGGGCUGGUUCCAAUUUAUUUGAGUUUGUGUCGGUGCCUCUUCAGAGCGCUCCCCGUGCGCGCAGGGCUGGCUAACACUGCUGAUGGCCUUUGGCAGCGUUCUGGGACGCUCUACUCAAGUGGCAGCAGCUUAAGCAGAGGUGAGAGGAUCUGGACUGUGCAAUCCAGGUGUGAUGCUCAGGUCGUGUUUUCCCAGGGCAGCGUUCCAUUGGAUCGGUUGCAUUAG